AGUUCAGACGCAGUUCGUCGCCGUUCGGUCGCUGUCGCUGCUCCCUCGCCUUCCAUGGCGGAGAUCCACGUGUGCCACGCUGGUACGUGCCGGGCACGCGGCGCCGAGGCGGUGCUCGCAGAGAUCGAGGAGCUUGUCAGCGAGGUCGGCGGACGCUGCAAAGUCCGGCAGUCGGGAUGCCUCGGCUAUUGCAACGAGGCGCCGAACGCCAUCAUCCUGGAGCGCGGCGCGCGGCGCCUCGACCCGAACAACGUCUUCACGCGCAUUCGCACCCUCGACGGCAGCGCCAAGGUCGUCGAGCGAGCGACCGGCAAGCGGCCUCCUCUCGAGGGCGCCGGCACCUCGGAGCGGCUCGCGAGCCUGCGUGCGGCACGGGCGAGGCAGCACGCCAUCUCGGUCUCAAAGUGGAACACUGCGCUCCACGGUCUCGCCGAGCAGGCGGCUGUCAAGCCGGCCCUCCGCUCUGAGCUCUCCACGCUGCUCCGCAAGGCUGGCUUCCCGGAGGGCGUGCGUGCGGACAGGGCGGGCCAGGCGAUGCCGUCGGCCAUCGCAAACUACUCGCAAUGGUCGCUAGAGAGCGUGACGCCCGUGACGAGGCACUCCGCGCUCUUCGCCUUCUCCUCCUCCGACCUCAAGCGAGGCACACCCCACCCGCGCGGCCGCGGACGCAUGGCCGAGCCGGUCACAUGGCACACCACGCUGCUCGCCGAGGUUGGGCCGAACGCGGAGGGGCCUCUGCCGUGGGUGGAGCGGGACUACACGCCCGUCAGCAGCGCGAAAGAGUGGGAGCAGGGCCGUUGCGAGAUGCUCAUCAAGGUUUAUGCGGACGGGGCGGCCACCUCGUGGCUGCACUCCGCGUCGCCGCAGCGCGUCUGGCUCUCGCGGCCUGAGAGGACGCGCCGCACCCCCGAGAUCGGCCCGAGAUCACGCGAGGACGACGCGCUCCUGCUGCCGCAGCUCGCCGGCUGGUGCCGCGAGAGCGAGGAGGGCGGCGCGGGCAAUGAGCGCGUCGCCGUCAACGCCGUCGUCCGCGGCAUCCGCAGCUGCACGCUGCUGCUGACGCCGGCGGCGGCCGGCGGCGCCGCGGCCGCGCCCUUCCCUACCGCGCCUGCGGGGGACGCCGCCGAGGCGGAGGGCUUGCUGCAGGGCCUCCCGAAUGCGCGCGUGGUGCGCGCGCGGCUGAGCGCGCCGCUGGUGGCGGAGGCGUGGGCGCAGAUGGCCCAGCCGUGCCGCGUGGUCGUGUCGGGCCCGGGCGGGUUCAACACCGCCGCGCGCGCGAUGCUGGCGGAGGCGGGCGUCGACGUCGAGGCGCACGUGACCGUCCUCUCGGCGUGAGAGAGCCGGUGGGGAGGGGGUGCCAGCGGGCGUGCAAAGAGAUCAGACGUGCGUGUG